AUGACGACCUCCAAACACUUUACGAAAGCUCUACCACACAAAGACGCUACUCAAUGGUGUCUCGCGCUCGCCGAAGAAGCUGGCCAGCCUGAUCCUGUUAUACGAGCGGCCCCAACAGGUGUUGCUGCUUUCAGUAUUGCAGAGACUACUCUGCACUCCGAUCAGCCUUGCUGCCACCCAUUCCUAUUGCUCAAUCAACAAGAGACUGUUUCGUGCUACCUCACCGAGGGCGAUAUCGCCUUCCUAAAUAGGAGAAUCCAAUGGAUGAUGAAGAAUCAACAAAGAGGCUUGCUAUACCUGAAUAUCGACCUCUACACCGCAAAGCUAUUCGUAUUCGUCGACGGAUCCUUCGCAAAUAACAAGGACUGUAACUCCCAGAUUGGUUUCCUGAUUAUCCUAGCAACUGAGGACAAAUCAGGGGGCUCCUUCCAAAUUCAAGGGAACCUUAUCACAGCGAGCUCUACGAAGUGCAAGCGUGUGACCCGAUCAGUCCUCGCUUCGGAGACCUAUAGGAUGGUUUCAGGCCUGGACAUUGCUAUUUGCGUGGCCACUACACUCAACAUGGUGACCAGCAAACUACAACCCCCGGAAGUUCCCAUAAUCGUUUGCACCGAUUCCUAUUCCUUGUACGAAUGCUUGGUAAAGCUUGGGACCACGAAAGAGAAGACGCUAAUGAUUGAUAUCAUGGCCCUUCGCCAAUCAUACGAAAGACGAGAGCUUGCCGCAUCGCAAAAGAGAAAACCUCGAGUGUGGGAAUGCUGGACUGAGGAAUGGGAUUGGGCCUUGGCAAUCACGUGUAGCAGCCUUGGCACCUACCACUACAUGUACCUACCUUACCGGUAG